UUCUCAUUAUAUCUUUUACUUUUACUUUUCCAAGUGGGAGGCCGAGGCAGUGGCGGUGGCCUCGGCGGCUAUUAUUGUAGCCCCCACAUUAAACAAAUAUUUUUUUUAUCAUCGCUAAAACAGAGAUGCCGGCCUUGGCGUGUUGUGUUGAUGCGGCACCUCUACCAUGUCCCGCCUUUGCAUUCACCGGAGGCCUCUCUUUUCCAGCACCGAUCACCUUUCCAGCUGCCGCACCUCCCUUCACAACCGGCGAGAUCAAUUCCCAUUGGUCUCCAUCCAUGUCGGCGGAGCUCUAUAACAUCAACGGGUGGGGUGCUCCGUAUUUUACGGUGAACUCCUCCGGGAACGUGGCGGUGUGCCCCCACAGUUCCGCAACGCUGGGUCACCAGGAGAUUGAUCUGCUCAAGAUCGUGAAGAAAGCUACCGACUCCAUCUCAUGUGGCGGUCUCGGCCUACAGCUGCCUCUCAUGGUUCGCUUCCCUGAUAUCCUCAAGAACCGCCUCGAAUCCCUUCAAUCGGCCUUCGACUACGCGAUCCAGUCUGGCGGAUACAGCUCUCACUAUCAGGGGGUCUUCCCGGUGAAGUGCAAUCAGGACCGGUUCAUCGUGGAGGACAUCGUGAAAUUCGGUUCAUCGUUCCGGUUCGGUUUGGAGGCUGGGUCGAAGCCAGAGCUGCUGUUGGCUAUGAGCUGUUUGUGCAAAGGCAGCGCAGAAGGUCUUCUUGUUUGCAACGGAUUCAAAGACGCAGAGUACAUUUCCCUUGCGUUGGUUGCAAGGAAGCUUGCCUUGAACACCGUGAUUGUUCUGGAGCAAGAGGAAGAGCUUGACAUGAUCAUCGAUCUCAGCAAAAAGCUAUGCAUCAGACCAGUGAUUGGCUUCCGGGCCAAGCUGAGGACCAAGCAUUCGGGGCACUUUGGGUCCACUUCGGGAGAGAAGGGCAAGUUUGGGUUAACCACCGCUCAGAUUGUGAGGGUUGUGAAGAAGCUUCAAAUCUUGGGCAUGCUUGAUUGCCUGCAGUUGUUGCACUUUCACAUUGGCUCUAUGAUCCCAUCCACUUCACUCCUUGCCGAUGGAGUUUCGGAGGCUGCACAGAUAUACUGUGAGCUGGUUCGUAUGGGAGCUAACAUGAGAGUCAUAGACAUCGGAGGAGGCCUUGGCAUUGAUUAUAAUGGCUCCAAAUCCAGCGACUCAGACGUGUCUGUUGGGUACGGCCUUGAAGAGUACGCCGCAGCGGUUGUUGAAGCAGUUCAGCGCGUGUGCGACAAAAGGUCCGUUAAGCACCCUGUAAUCUGCAGCGAGAGUGGGAGGGCCAUUGUGUCCCAUCAAUCCGUGUUGGUUUUUGAAGCAUUUGGUUGCAACAGCAGCACUGCAGCAACCACCAAUGCGCUGUCUUCCCUGCUCGGACUACAGUACUUGCUGGAGGGUCUAUCAGAGGGCGUUCAUGCCGAUUACCGCAACCUCUGCGCUACAGCCAUUAGAGGCGAGCAUGACGCUUGCCUGCUCUACAUUGAAGAAAUGAAGAAGCGAUGCCUGGAUGAGUUCAAGGAAGGCUCAUUGGGUAUGGAGGAACUAGCGGGCAUUGACGGGUUAUAUGAUGUGGUGAGGAAGGCCGUAGCGACGGCGGAGGAAUCGGAAUCAGUGAGAACAUACCACGUGAACAUGUCGGUGUUUACUUCCAUUCCCGACUUCUGGGGUAUCCAACAGGUGUUCCCCAUACUACCCAUCCACCGGCUCGACGAGAAGCCCACCGUGAAGGGGGUGCUCUCGGACUUGACAUGCGACAGCGACGGCAAGGUUGACAGGUUUAUCAACGGCGAGUCGAGCCUGCCGCUGCAUGAAAUCGGUGAUGGACAUAAGUACUACCUGGGAAUGUUCUUGGGAGGGGCUUACCAGGAGGCGCUUGGAGGACUCCACAACUUGUUCGGUGGGCCCAGCGUUGUUAGGGUCUCACAGAGCGACGGUCCCCAGGGCUUUGCUGUCACCAGUGCCGAGUCGGGGCCAUCGUGCGGAGACGUCCUCCGAGCCAUGCAGCACCAGCCCGAGCUCAUGUUCGAGACUCUCAAGCACCGGGCCUUCGAGCACUUGCGGGAAGAUAGCUUGUUGACCGCUGAGGCGGUUACCAGUGGCCUCGCCCACUCCUUCAACAACACGCCUUAUUUGGUGGUAGCGUCGUCUCAGUCAUAG